CCUCCCCGGUUUGGCGAGCCCGACCCUGCAGGCGGUGCUGUACGCGGUAGUGAGUGCUGCGGUGUUCCUGGCGCUGCUCUUCCUCUUCCUCGUGCAACACAUCGACCCUGGGAUCAUCCCGCCCUCCGAGAUUAAAGACCCGGAAGUAGUGGCAGCAGAGAGGGGCCAAAUAUCCCCGGAUCUCGUGAUUGACUCGCAUGGCCAGUGGGCGCGCCGCCGCCUGCUGCUGGACGGGCGGUCGGAGAUCACCCAGCGCUACUGCAGCACGUGCAAUGUGUGGCGCCAGCCGCGCACUAGUCAUUGCUCCCGAUGUGGAUUUUGCAUGGAGCGCUUCGACCAUCACUGUGGGGCGGUGGGCACGUGUGUGGCUCGCAAGAACCACCGCUUCUUCACCGGCUUCCUCUUCUCCGCCUCGCUGGCGUCAGGCCUGCUGCUUUAUGCGACUGUUCUGCGGCUCAAGGAGGAGGACUGGGACAAGGGCCUAAGCGAGCAGGAGGUGUAUGUGUUCUUCCUCAUGCUGCUCGCCCUCGCCUACUUCUACACCUCGCUGCUCUUCUUCUUUGCUGUCAUGCACGGCACCAUCCUUCUGUGUGACUGCACCACCAAGCAGUACAUCCGAUCCAGGCAGGGCCGAGGUUCGGAGUGGCAGCGCCCGAGCCUGCACGUGUGGCUCGACAACAUGAACAGUAUCUGCUGCGCGGAAGUGCGCAGCAAACAUGCCGCUACAGUGAAUGCCGUUGUAGAGGGUACAGCUCGUGCCCAGGGGCUUGCACCCGUGUGA